UGCUGCCAAGAUGGCGGACGCAGAACGGUAUACAAAUCGAACACAACAUCGAAUUUAGUAACCUGGGAUAGAUCUCGAACUAUAUGCAAACAGAACGUGGGGUUUGAAGCAGCAUUAUUGGAAUUUUUGAAUGAACGAAAUUGGUAGUCGUUAAAUAGGCUGAUCUUGAAAUUCUCUUUAUUUAUGAAACGAAUUUUUGGAUGAACGACCUUGCUUAGUAAGCAAACUGCUGGAAAUGCUAAACAUUUUAUAGAAAGGAGAGGACAAUUCCAAAGAGAUACGAGAUCCAGUGCUCAUAAACAAAAAAUAUGGGCUAAACAUGGACACUUCAAUGUGGAAAGCAACCCAGAAUUUCAGGAUUAUCAUUAUGCUUUCCACGUAGCCGAAUUCUUGUUAUUCCGUCUAUUUGUUUACAAGCGCUAUUUCACUGUCUGGGCGAGGAUUGUGCUUUAGAUCUGCAUAAUGAAUAACGAAGAGUUGGACUUGUUAUCCGACUCCAAGUAUCGUCAGUUUAUUUCUGCUGUGGACAAAGCACUUAAGAGUUUUGAAUAUUCUAGUGAAUGGGCCGAUUUGAUAUCCGCUUUGGGCAAAUUAAAUAAGGCAUUACAAGGCCAUCCAAAAUUCAAGGCAAUCCCAAGAAAGCUAACAAUCGGCAAACGGUUAUCACAAUGUACACACCCCGCCCUACCAAGUGGUGUACACCUAAAGGCAUUAGAGACAUACGACUUGAUAUUCAAGCGACUUGGAAAGAAAGGUCUUGGACAAGAUUUGUUCAUCUACGGUGCUGGCUUGUUCCCCCUUCUUGGAAAUGCCGCCAUGUCAGUCAAGCCUGUUCUGAUGGGGCUAUACGAGGAACACUUCCUGUCACUGGGCAAAGCCCUGUUACCAGGGUUACAGGGCUUGUUGCUAGGGCUGUUGCCAGGGAUUGAGGAAGGGUCAGAAUACACUGAAAGGACAAUAUCACUUCUGGAGGCCAUUAGCCAUAACACUGACAGACCUGCCUUCUACACGUGUCUUUGGAGCUGCUUUUUGUCCAGCUCUUCCGUUCGCUUACCUGCCGUCACCUUCAUUCUCUCACGACUUAGCCGGAAAACUUCACUGAAUAAAGACUACAUCCUGGGCGAUGAUAUACCUCUUAUGAUUGAAUCAGUCUGCACCUCCUUAGCCGACAGCAGUGUUCUAGUACAGCGGUCUCUUCUGGAAUUCCUUCUCACCUUUCUGCCCAUGGAUACAACUCUAAUAGACUCCAAAGACAAAGUCAAACUAGUGGCCUCGGGGCUAGGGGUCCUCCUACGUAGGGACAUGUCUCUCAAUAGGCGUUUGUACUCCUGGCUUCUAGGCCCUGAUGCCGACCGGGACUCUGGCCUCUCAAGGGGGGAUAACAUGUGCAGUGGUGACGAACAAGAGGACUCAAAAUUCUCAUUCUUUUCUAUUCACUCUAAACACCACACUAUAGAAGCUCUUAAGUCGUUAUUCCGCGAUCAUGGUGGGGGAUCGGCGAAUACUUCAAAUGGCGCCAAGCGGUCGAACGCGCUUCGGCCGUUUCGAAUUCUUAUCAGUCUGCUUGAUAGACCAGAAGUUGGGAGUGCAAUUCUCGAGGAUGUAUUGAUUGAAGUGUUCAGGGCCUUAUAUGUGCAAUGUAAGGUUAUUAAAGAGAAAACGCCGAUAGAAGAACUCGGGAGUUACGAAUCGAUAGAGAGCCUCACAGCAGAGUUCGAGAAUCCUUCCUCUUCGUCGUCAAAGACUAAAUUAACGGACGAAGUAGUGAAGACAGCUAACUUGUUAUUCAACGCGUUUGAGCCUUACUUUAUGUGGGAUUACCUAUCGAAGCUUUUAUCAGAUUGCGAGGUUUCUGAGGAACAGGAAACGGAAGCGGACUCGACGCUUUGUGAAACGGAAGGGAAAUGCUCGAGAUUAGCGUCCAGUCUUCCGACGACUACGUGUUCGGAGAUUUUCCGUUUGACAGAUUUUCUACUUGACAUUGUUGCCUUGGAAGCGGACGUUGAGACGCAGACGGAGCACUGGCCCGAGCUCCUCCGCCGUAUCACCAUGGAGAUGACGUCACGAUGCGAAAUGAUGUCACUGUCAGAGGUCCGUGAAGGAAUCUGUCUUUGCUCCAAGCUUUUAUCCAAGGUCAUGCCUUCCAUGAAGACUAUCGAUAGCUCGCGCCCUCCCUCCCGACCCACCUCCGUAGCUUCGGAUAAAGAGAGCAUUGUCGGGAGAGACAUGGGAGAGAGCGCCGACGCAGAAGCAAUCGAGUCGGAGAGGGUAAGGGGUGAUGCGCGUGUUAUACAAGUGGCGAGGAUUACGCAGGGGGAGGAGGAUUUGAGAGGGUGGAGUGUUGUGGACUUGAGGAAACGCCUCGAGAAUUAUGGGAAUGCGGAUGAUGACGGGACUUGUAAUGUGAAAGAUGGGAAAUCACGUGAUGAAACACAUGACGGUUCAUGUGACGAGUCCGACGUAUCACAUGAUGGGUCACGUAAUAUGUCCCGUGAUAGUUUAAGCGAGUUGGACAGGUCACGUGACAGCAUUGACGGGGAACGUAUCGAAAAUGGAACAUCAAAUUGCGAAAUGGCAGAACGCGAAAAUGCAGACGAGAUUCUUGACAAAACGAGAAUCAAGAAACUGGGCGAUUCUAAGCCUGGAUCAAGUGAUAUUGACGAUUAUUCCAAAUUGAAGAAAUCUAAACAGAGUCUUGCUGAUGCAGAUGACAAUGACGGUGGCCCUAAUGAUAAUGAUGGUGAUGACAAUGAUGACGAUGAUGAUGACAAUUAUGGUGACUGGAAUGAAUUCCAGGAAUCCGACAAACCACAAUACACUCUUGAGCAGUUCACAGAACUUGGUAACGACGACACUUUUAUCAACGAGCCGUGCGCCGAGGAUCAAGUCAUCCCAGAUUCUCAAAGACACGUCUUCCAGCCAUCCCUCAUCCAGUCAUGCGUGGCAUAUUUCCAAGCGUUUUACGCGGAGUUCGUGGAACAGCGGGUUCUAAGAUACGCGAAUGUUCUCACUUCGCCAACCAAGUCGCGAAAAGACCAAGUCAUUGAUACAGAUUACAUGUUGGAUGAAAUUCUUUAUGGGGAGGAUUUUCUGCUAAAAAGACGCACUAGCACCACGCACGAGCGGUCCUCUACCCAUACUGGACCAAUAUCGAAGUGUGAUCGUGUUGGGCCCAUAUUGGAUCAGUUAUUGGAUGGUGUAGAAUCUCCCAUAUUGGAUCAGCAUGGGUGUAUUCUCUGCGCUGAAGCGUUCGCCGCCGCGUGUAAACUGCUGGUUGAGCUUUCGUGCUUCCCUGUUUACUGCACCCAUGAGAGGAAGUUCCUGGAUACUGACAAGAAGGAAGCAGAUCGCUUACCCGAAUGGCUUCGUGCCCUUGUCUUGUGUUGCUACCAAGUAGGGAACUUCGACAUCCAGAGUUCUGCCAUCAGUACUCUCCUAGACCUCAUCAAUUUGACGCUGUCUGUGACCCCUACACGACGCGAUGAGAGUCCUAGCGCUACUGUAGCCGUGGUGGUUAUCCCAAUGAUAUCACACGAACACCUCAAUGUUAUAGAGCAUUCUGCAGUCUAUCAGAUUAUUGCUGAAAGUCUGUGGGCUCGUCUGAGACCAGCGGCCACUCGCCACCAACAGCGAAUCGUGGAACUGUUCCUUCAGCUGCACAGCCUCACUCCCAUGCCUUCGCUUUGCACCAACAUAAUCGGCAGCUCACUAUCAGAAAACGCCAAGGAAGCGUGCCUGGUCGGCCACUGGAAGUUUGCUGUCUUUUGGCACAUUUCCAGGAAUGUCGUGGUACAAGAUUCUGGUCGGACGUCAAGGCUUGGUGACGUCAGACCCCUCGACAGGGCUUUAUUUCUGAUGCUUGAUGGCUUGGAAAGCAGCGAACCGGAAAUCAGAGUGGUUACCAAGCAAUGGUUGACGCAUGCGCUCCAGCAAGGUGACCUUGGUCGGUUAGUUGACCCCUUGCUGUUGCUCCUACUACACCCCGCAACCGCACGCGUCUCCGUCCACCACGCAUGCGCAACUGAUUCCAAGAAAAUCCGUCAAGGAAACGCCAGCGAAGAUGAUCCCACCCCCGAAGACGAUAGACGUAAUUCAAGCGAGACACAGGACAGCACGAGCAAAAAUCGCCGCGAAUCUGACUCCGCCAUCAGUGGCCUGGAAACUAGUGAAGCCAGCGAGGUCACUCACCCAGAGGCUAAUGAAAAUGAUGACGAGGAGACUGGAGUCGAAAAUGAAAAUGAGGAGAAACGACGUUUAGCAACGAUCAAAUACCUCCGAGGUAUUUCCACUAAAACCUACGUCGAAAAAAACCCGGAGAAAAAAGCCCCACCCCCAUCGGACCACGCCCCUAAGCCUCAAGUGCACCCCUUGGAUCAGCACAAGUUAGUGUACGUGCUGAGGUAUGACUGGAAGCUGACUCUCUACGCCUUCAAUACCAUCUUGUCAGUGCUGAGAAGUGCACCCCAUCAGUUCGUCUGCGCGGCCUCAGCCCACAGUGUCAGCUCCUCCAACACACCACACCAGGUGAAAAUGAAGGAGCUUCUUGCUCGUCACAGGAAAUGUCUGCUGGGGAAAGGCUUCUACGGGCCUCUUUACGACUCACCUACCGCUAGCGCUCCAGGCCAGUCGCCCACGCGUCAGAAUGUGGGCCCGCUUCUCUACCUCAGGCCCAACACGAGCAAGUACCUGGAGAUCCUAAUCUCAGUCUGCCUAUACUUCAUACGGAGCGAGUACGGCGUGGGACUGGACCGAGACGCCGCUGACGUGGACGGAAAUGCACAGGUCCAAAUGACCAGUGCGGAGGUGCUGACGUCAAUUGUCUGGCAGCUCGUGGAAGUUGUUCGUGAGACUGGCGCCGGCUUCGGACCUUUUAUCAGCGACUUGUUUACACGAUGUAAGGUACAGAAGGCCCUGCUACACUGCUUGGUGUCCACGCUGUACGAGAGAACGGGGAUCAACGUACCUACCGCCGGGGCUGAUAACGGACCACACCUUAAGCGCAUUGACGGCGGGAAGACGGCUUCACAGCUACGAGGGUUACAGGUUAAGCUGCUAAAGCUUCUUCAGGCGAUAUUCGUCCUGGAAAGCAACAUCGAACUUUCAGAAUCGAUCACCAAUGACAGCAUCACUAACGUACCAGCAAGCCCCGCGAAACUAGAAAGCGAGUCCACGAUACAUCAGUCCGCUCAGCGGUACAUUCCAGGCCGGACACUGGCGCGACAGAGCAUGCUCCUAUCAGCGGUAUUACACGGGCUCAAGUACGACGACUAUGACCUGCAUCACGAGUGGUUGCAGUUCGUGAUCACGUGUUUGCCUCACAUGAAGGGCUCGCUGAGCACGUGGGUAGUGCGUGUUACCGAGCAAGUAGGGCGCAUGCUCGAGUUUCAGACGACCGCUUAUCAGCCUUUGUGGAAACACGGGAAAACUGGCAAGGAUCAAAUCCAAUCAAUGCCUUCGCUGCCACCUGACUACAUCGCUUCGCUCCUUGAGCACAUCGGUACGAUCUGCCACUUUUGCCUCCUGGACGGCGCUCCUUCAUCCCCAGGUCUUUCUCUCCUUCCUCGCACCACACCCUUCCCAUCAACCACCUCGGCCGCGCAAUCAGACACUAGCCAAUCAGGUAGCAGCUCGUCCCAGAUCUUCAGCAACUUGCUCCAUGCCUUCUCGGUCCAGAGUGCCCCAUCGAGUCUGGUAGCGAGUGUAGACGGGCCCAAACCCCUCCUAGGAGCACGCGAGGGUCUUCUGAGUAUACUGCCAUCUUUGUUGUCAGCGGUGUUUACUGUGUGGAAUGCGUGGAGCCCACAAACUUUUGAGACAACAGGACAGCGGUUGCCGUCUGAGAGCUAUCUCUACCUCAUCGGUACUCCAAAGAUGGUCCGACACCACGUGAUGCAGUUGCUAACGCCGGUUGCUAUGCACCACACCAUCGUGUUCCUGGCCUCCCUGGCAGAUGUCUGGCACCAGAGACGCCGAGGUGACAGCCAGGUACAGACGGCAAACAAGACCAGCAAAGUCGUGGUCCCACAGAUAUCUGAAGAGCAAGUGGUCGUGGUCGACAUCGUAUACGGUCUAAAGGCACUAUCGUUUGACAACACCAUCGACAACAUCAAGCAGAUAGUUCGUCAAGUGGUCACAAACAAGGACAAGAGUACUGUCACGCACACUGGGCUGGAGGUGAACAUUCUCCAGUUCUUUUACUACUACAUGCAGCGAGCCACGCAAAGUCAGCUGACCAACUCACGCGGAUCACUGAUAUCGCUGAUGAAGGAAGGACUACAGCUGAACCAGCCCCCCGCUCUCUUUUUGAUGCUGGUGAUACUGCAGUCUUAUGUACAGCGGUUACCCCUCCAAGAGGACAAGAAGGCUAGAAAAGAGCUUCAGGACAUCACGCAGCGACUCAUCGAAGCGUGCAACACGGUCGCAGGCUCCUCACUCGAGAAAGCUGCCUGGUUGAGCCGCAGUCUCGCAGUUAUUCCACAAAUAGAGUCCAGUCCAGACCAAUCCAGCGCUGUCGAGUCCGAGUUUUCCGAGCUCUCCGAGUCUGAGCCUUCAGUGCAGCCUCUAGUUGCCGGCGCUAGCAGCGGCAGUCACUAUAGUACCCAAGCCCUCACAGUGCUCUCGGAAGUUCUUGCGUCUCUUUUGGAUAUGGUAUUUGGAAGCGAGGAGAAAGAUCGCGUGACAACCAUACUGACUAGCGUGAUGUACAACGUCACGCCGUAUAUGAAGAAUCACGGGCCUCGGAACGUGCCCAACUUCCGCGCCUGCUGUGCUCUCGUGUCGGCGUUAAGCGGUUAUCAGUACAUGCGUCGCGCAUGGCGUAAAGAAGUGAUGGAGCAGGUACUCGACCCAGUCUUUUUCCAGAUGGACAUCACGUGCAUCGCUAGCUGGCGAACGAUUAUCGACAACUUGAUGACGCAAGACCGAACGUCAUUCAAGGACCUCAUGGCCAAGGUCGCAGGUUUCGGUCAGAGCGCUGCUAUCAAUAUCUUUGCAAACAAAGAACAGGAAAUCGAGCAGCGCGCAAGUCUACUAAAGAAGUUAGCUUUCGCCAUCUUCUGCUCCGAGACGGACCAGUAUCAAGACUGCCUCCCAGAGAUACAAGAACGGCUAGCGGAAAGCCUUAGACUUGCACAGGUCCCCGUCCUCCACGAGCAGGUGUUCUUAGCCCUACGUGUACUACUUCUGCGCAUGUCACCUCAGCAUCUGACGUCAUUAUGGCCGGUCAUGGUGUCCGAAGUCGUCCACGUACUGCUGCAGAUGGAGUCCGACUUGUCGUCCGAGGGAAAGUCCACCUCAAGCCAGCGUUUGAUGACGUCAGAGGCACUUUUUGGUAAUAACGUUGUGCAUAACGUUACGUACAGCCAAGACAAGUGGCUUGGUCUCUACCUUGCUGCCUGCAAGCUGCUGGACCUCGCUCUGUGUCUGAGCAGCGAAGCACUGCCUCACUUCCAGAUGUACCGCUGGGCUUUUGAAGGCGGGGAUUCAAAUGCUACCAUGGUUACCAGAAGCUCGAACGGUGAUAGCAAAGCCGAGAAAAUCUCAGUUUUCAAGCCCCACAUUGCACGGCUCUGGAAGCUUCUGCGCAAGCGGUCACGACGGACAGCGGACGACAUUGAUAACCUCCUGCGCGCGCCGGACCGUCCAUUGUUGACAAUGUACCAGAUCAAAUCAAUGGACCAGCUGCUGCCGUUCUUUCGCUGUCUUGUCAAGGCCAAGUUUGGAGGGCUCGUGGUGGCCUGUGGGGACAAACCCAAGAAGAAAACAAAUCAGGGGAGGUUCCUGAUAGAGAGAGUUGUCGAGAGAGACUUCCUAGAGCCCCUCGUUAUGGAAUAGUCAUUGAGGGGGAUGGGGGCAAGAUGAAAUACGCGCAGCGCAGGGGAGCCCCCUCUUGGUAGAGAGUGUUGUUGGAAGAUACUUCGUGGAGCCAUUUGUAUGGACCUUCUGUCCAGGGGGGGGGGGGGGAUAAAAUACGCAGGGAAGGUCCCUGAUAGAGUUGUCAAAAGAGACUUUCUUGGGCCACUUGUUAUGUUCAAGGUGGGGCUCAAGAAGAAUAAGAUGUUUCGGAAUCUGGUACGGAUAUUUUUAAUCAAAUUUUAGUAGGGGCGCGCACCUGGUCUAAGUCGUCAUUCCCGCUAGAACUUCUCGAUUGAAAAGCUUCAUAACAAUAAGAAAAAAAAAAUCGAAAUUAAGUUUGAAAUAAUUGUUGUCUAACAACACAUAUAGUGAAAAGACAACUAAAUUAUGACCGCAUUGACUUAGCCCAGGUAUGCUCGAGAAUGUAGGCGACUUGAUGCCUUGAAAGUUGUUGCAGACAACAUUGUCUGGGGAGGGGGGGCGGUAAAAUAUCAGAGGGUGGGUGGGGGUGAGCUUUAGUUCUUGGGGUGCACUUUUGUAUUAGGCUGCGAUUCUCUAUACAAGUAAAUUUAUAAAUGGUCAAGUCCCACCGACCAGUCUUUUUUGCGUUCUUUUAUAUUGCUGGACAUGUAAAGAAUACUGAUAACCAGUUCUGGUUUUAUUAAAAGCACAAAGGAGUAGUUGUAGUUGUUCAUAGAUAGAUAAUUCCAAAUUUUGGCAAAAAUGAUACAAGAAGAAUGACAGUAUAUAUACAUUUUUGUUUUAGCUCCUUAGUGCUAAAAUUAUUUAUUUAUGUAAUAUCUUCAUUAAUUACAAUGUUCUGUUUACCAGGGAAAUACUAUAAACACUCAAAACAGACGAGCACUAGAUUUAUAAUUUUCGGAGUUAAUGCCUUUUGGUAGGUGUGUAUUUGGAAUAAGAAUUAAUAAAACAAUGUUUAGCAGCG